GCCACUUCAAACCAUCUCCGCAUCAACCCUUCGAACUUGUGUUCCCCUCUGUACUUUAGAGAACUAAUAUGAUUCCUCAUUGUUUUAUCAAUGGAUCGAGUAACCUGAGCAGCGAUCGACCAAGCUUUAUGAUGUCUUCUCCCCUCAUUGUUUCUUUUGUAGAUUUAACAUGUUGAAACCUAUUCAUCAUGUAUUUACCGUCCAAUUUAUGCUAUUAUUUAUUUAAAGAGAAUACUUCUGAUGCUAAUUUAAAAUACAAAAAAUAAUGUUAGCAAAAUUCAAAUUAUAUAUACAGAAAAUGUAAAUAAUUUAUAACUUUAGUUAAAUAACUUAAAUUAAACAAUGACAACACUGUUUACUUGUGCAGCAUGCAAUGUAUACAUCAUGAUCAUACAUUCAUUCUGUUAUUCUGUUAUCUGUGUAGAGAUUUUCCUAAUUAUUUAGCCGAAAGACAUAGUUUAGCAUCGAAAUUAAUAAAAUGGAAAGUCAUACAAUAAAAAUGUAAACCGAAUAUUUCAGAAAUCAUUAAUGAUCUUUCAAGAUUAAUGACUUAAAAUAGAAAAUAGAAAAUAGAAAAUUAGGUCUUGUAUAUAUUUGGAAACAUAAUGAAUAAUAAUAAUCACAACUCUUUUCAUUCAAUACACCAGUUACAGACCCAAACAUAACCGGCGAUGUCUUCUUCUUCUUUGGCUUGUUUACCUUCUUCGUCUUCGUCGCAAAUUCGACAAAACCACUUCCAAAAAACUUCCUCUUUGAAAGCUACAAGCUUAGCUAAAAGACAAGUGACUGUCUUCAAGAAAGCUCGAGAGCUUUCAAUUCUCUGUGGAAUCGAAGUCUGCGUCAUCUACUACGGAUCAGAAGGAGAGCUUAAAACAUGGCCUAAAGACAGAGAGAAGGUCAAAGACAUGGCUCGAAGGUACAGUCAGUUAAGCGAUAUGAAGCGGCGCAAAGGACAAGACGAUCUUGACAAGUUUCUCAAGAAGAUUAAUAAAGAGGAUUCCAAGAAGAAGAAGAAGAUGAAGAAAGUGAAAGUUGAAUCCAGUUGCAAGUAUCCGGAUUGGGAUCCGAGGUUUGAUAAUUGCUCUGUGGAGCAACUCACGGAACUGAUCCAGUCCUUGGAGCAUAGUGAAACCAAACUGCAACAUAGGCUUCGAGGUGCUGUUGAAUCUCAGAGACAGAGGAAUAUGUAUUAUACUACCAUGACUGGUCAAGAACAGAUGAAUCAUCUUCAACAACAUUCAAACCAGGUUUCAAUGGAUCAGUAUAACCAUGGAACCGGUACGUUACCGCAACUCCCAGUCUCUACAUCAGGUUUUAACCAGUCGCAAUCUCUAGCACCGCUUCCGAAUUCACUGACGAUACACCAGAAUCCUAAUAUGGAAAGUUACUCGAGGUUACUUGGUGUACAAGAAACUGGAAUAAAUGAGUUCCUGAGCAUGAACAUGUUACCCUACAACAACAACAACAUCAACACCAACAAUGUUAAUGUUUUUCCAAACCAGUUUCAUCAGAACUCUUACAAUAUGGAAGAUUACUCCGGCUUUCUUGGUGUACAAGAAACUGGCAUCAACAACAUGAGUUCGGAAGAUUAUUCGGGGUUACUUUGGACGCAAGGCACUGGGAUUAACGGGUUACAGAACAUGGACAUGUUCGGCUACAACAACAACAGCAACAAUAACGCCUAUGGUUUUUCACAUCAUCAGCCUGUUCAAUAUCCAGGACAAAGAGCACCACUUGGUUUUCAAUACAUGGAUCGUUCAACACAAAACAUCAGACCUCUCUAGGAGAUUUGAUCUCUGGCAAUGUCUCUUAUAACUUAGAAGCAUAUUCUUAUAUAUUAUAUUUUAGAGGACAGUUAAUCAUUCUCUGUCUUGUCAACUGUGUCUGCACCGUGACUAACUAUAUUGUGAGUUUGUUUUUGUGUCUAUUAACAAUAAUAUCUACAUGAAUGUCUCUGUUCAGCUUUUGCUAUUGUGAGAUUUUUUAAUGAUAAUAAUUAAUGUUUGCUUAAUGGAAGCCUAUUUUGUUGUGACGUUCCCAUCUGUCACCUAGUCAUUAACCACUUGCAUUGAAAAAAACGAAGAAGUAGACUUCAACAAGAGAGCGUACUGCAAGAAGGAGCUCUGCUGCUGCGAAAGAUAUCGGUACCCAGGAGAAGCUAGGACUAGAAUCAGAGUCUCACAGAAUAACGUUAACAGUUAUUAUUCUGAACAAGAUGAAACUAGACAUGCACCAAUUUUUUCCAUAAUGGACAACCCAUAAUGUAUUUGAUGUACCAAAGCUC